CGGUGUCUUCCUUCUUCACGGCUCCAUCUCAGAGGGCUUUUUGCGACAGAAAUGAACUGUAUUUGACGGUGGGACAUGAACGGCGUGGCCCCCACCGCCUCAUUGUAGAGCUCCCACAGUGGUGGUGAACUGUUGCCGUGUCUUUCAUACAAGAGUUUUUGGCAAUAAUUGUCCCUUUUGUUUGGAACGUUAUCGUCUUUCUUCUGCUAUAUUAAAUACACCUCAACAGGGGUUGUGGGUAUCAUUGAGAAUCAACAAGUUGGACCUCUUCCUUUGGUAGAUAUUCUUCAGAGCAGAGAUGGAGCGGUAUGAAUUGGUGAAGGAUAUUGGUUCGGGGAAUUUUGGGGUCGCCAAGCUGGUCAGAGAUAAGAGAACAAGGGAGUUGUUUGCUGUAAAGUAUAUUGAGAGAGGGCAGAAGAUUGAUGAAAAUGUUAAGAGAGAAAUAAUGAACCACAGGUCUUUGAAGCAUCCUAAUAUAGUUCUGUUUAAGGAGGUACUGCUAACCCCGACUCAUCUAGCCAUAGUGAUGGAAUAUGCUGCAGGCGGAGAGCUUUUCGAGAGAAUAUGCAAUGCUGGGAGAUUCAGUGAGGAUGAGGCAAGAUUCUUUUUCCAACAGUUGAUAUCUGGUGUCAGCUAUUGCCAUUCCAUGGAGGUUUGCCACAGAGAUCUCAAACUUGAGAACACUCUCUUGGAUGGAAGCACUGCUCCUCGCCUCAAAAUUUGUGACUUUGGCUACUCAAAGUCAUCUGUUUUGCAUUCUCAACCAAAGACUGCAGUCGGAACGCCGGCUUACAUAGCCCCGGAGGUGUUAGCUAGGCGUGAAUAUGAUGGCAAAGUUGCAGAUGUUUGGUCUUGUGGAGUUACCCUCUAUGUCAUGCUUGUUGGUGCCUAUCCUUUUGAGGAUCCAGAAGAUCCUAAAAACUUUAGGAAGACAAUUACACGAAUACUUGGUGUCCACUACUCUAUUCCCAAUUAUGUUCGUGUUUCUGCCGAAUGCAGGCAUCUUCUCUCUCGAAUAUUCGUUGCUAAUCCCGAGAAGAGAAUUACCAUUCCUGAGAUAAAAAGCCACCCCUGGUUUCUAAAGAACUUGCCGCUGGAGCUGAUGGAAGGAGGAGCAGGAAACUGCAUGAACGAUGAUCCAGAGCAUCCUCCUCAAAGCAUCGAAGAAAUAAUGAGGAUUGUACAGGAAGCGCAGAAGCCGGCUGAGGUGCCACAGCUUGGUGGGCAUCUGCUCGGUGGUAGCAUGGAUUUUGACGACAUGGAUGCAGAUGCGGAUCUAGAUAUUGAUAGCAGUGAAGAUUUUGUUUGUUAAGCGUGGGAAGAACCUUUGAUGAAAUGCACAUGGAAAGAAACUGGAAGAUCUCACAGUAGCCUGCUCUGUUCACCUCAGGGAGAGAAUUUUCCCAUUAGUUGCUCAUUGUCUGCUUGCGCAUUGGUUGCCAUGUCGCCCCGACUGUGAUUUUCUGCUGUUUGGAGAACAAAAUUGUGAUUUUUUUACGCUUUUUUCAAGUGAUAGGUGAUGCAAGUCUGGUUCAUACACCAUGUAACAUGGCCGUUUGUAAAGGGCCCUGCAGCGGCUUGCGACUAUUGUGCUAUCACCAGUGUCAUGUCCGAUCAAUUUUCGUAAUAGAUUGCUCGUUUCUUUCUA